AUGGCCAAAAUGGGAAUAUCAACUCUUCAAAGCUACAAAAGUGCUCAGAUAUUCGAAGCUGUGGGUCUUUCACAGUCGGUUAUCGAUAAAUGCUUUGUUGGGACGGCAUCUCGAAUAGGAGGGGCUAACUUUGAUGUUCUUGCCCAUGAAAUUAUCUUAAGACAUCAACUAGCCUACUCUAUAUCUCCGUCCAUCGGGCUGCAGUCUCAUCAGUCAGAAGAAAAGAUCGGGUUGCCUAUCGAAAAUCCGGGAUUCUACCAUUGGCGAUCUGGGGGAGAAAACCAUAUGAAUGACCCUGAUACUAUAGCGUAUCUUCAAGUAAGUGGUGACAUGAUUAUUUGUCAGACCUAG